UUUUCUUUUUGUUUCCUCCUUCCAUCGGUUAGGUCACUCUCUGGGUUUGCAGUGCAUCAAUGGCGAAACCUAUACACAGAUAUCUGCAUUUCAUCGUCUUGCUUUCUCUUCUUCAUUUCAUCCUCUCACAGCCAUCUUUAAAUCCGGAUUUCAAGAUCUUACUAGCGUUCAAAAACGCUUCAGAUACUACUAACAAGCUCAGUAGCUGGAACGAAACCGUCGACCUGUGCACUUGGUACGGCGUUUCAUGCAAUCGUGGCCGCGUUUAUCGCCUCGUUCUGGAAGGACUAGAACUCCGUGGCGGUUUUGAACCGUUAGCCUCUUUGAAUCAGCUUCGCGUUCUAAGUCUCAAGCAAAACCGUCUCUCUGGUACCAUUCCCGACCUGUCUAACCUCUCUGCACUCAAGCUUCUUUUCCUCUCUUACAACCAGUUUUCUGGCGAGUUUCCGUCGUCCAUACCAUCUCUUACCCGGCUUUACCGUCUCGACCUGUCUUACAACAACAUCUCCGGUCAGAUUCCGGUCACAGUCAACCAUCUCACUCACCUUCUCACUCUACGCCUCGAAGGAAACCAGUUUUCUGGCCCGAUUACAGGUUUGAAUCUCCCUAAUCUGCAGGACUUCAAUGUUUCCAGUAAUCAACUCACAGGAGCCGUACCGACGUCCCUCUCCAGUUUCCCCCAAACGGCUUUCGUUAACAACCCGGUUUUGUGCGGUUCACCAUUGCCGAGCUGUAAGAGCACAGCACCGGAUGGGGCCGUGGCGUCUCCAGUAAGUCCAGUUAAAGGAAGUCCUGCGGUUAUCUCAUCGUCUCCAGCGGUUUCUGGCGCCAACGCACAGGGAAAUGGUCACCGUAGUGGAGCCAGGAAGAUGAGUAUGCUCGCCGUGAUAGCUAUCAUAGUCGGCGAUCUUUUGGUGCUCUGCUUGGUUUCGCUCCUCUUGUACUGCUAUUUCUUGAGGAGUUACGUAGCAAAAAUCCGGGACGGCAGAGGCUCUCGAUUACUCGAGAGUGAAAAGGUCGUUUACUCGGCAGGUCCGUACCCACCUCAAGCAGGUAACGAUAGAGGAAAAAUGGUUUUCUUCGAGGAAGGGGGAUCGAAGCGUUUCGAGUUGGAGGAUUUGCUUAGAGCUUCUGCAGAAAUGCUGGGGAAAGGUGGGUUUGGGACGGCGUAUAAGGCUAUUCUCGACGAUGGAAACGUCGUCGCCGUUAAACGGCUUAAAGAAGUUCAGGUUGGAGGGAAGCGUGAGUUCGAACAGCAUAUGGAACUGUUGGGCCGGUUACGGCACCCUAACGUCGUUAGUCUCAAGGCUUACUACUACGCUAGAGAUGAGAAGUUGCUGGUCUACGCCUACAUGCCUAAUGGAAGCCUCUUCUGGCUCCUCCACGGUAACCGAGGACCGGGUCGAACUCCGCUAGACUGGACGACGAGGUUGAAGAUCGCAGCUGGAGCGGCUCGUGGAGUCGCCUAUAUCCACCACUAUUACCGGUCACCGAGACUGGCUCACGGGAAUAUCAGAUCCACCAAUGUACUCCUUGAUAAUACCGGAAAUGCCCGGGUCUGUGAUUACGGUCUCUCUGUCUUUGCUUCUCCAAAUAGUUUACCCAGAUCGACAGGCUAUCGUGCGCCGGAGGUGACGGAUGGCCGUAGAUACUCACAGAAGGCGGAUGUGUACGCCUUCGGUGUAUUGCUACUGGAGUUGCUGACGGGGAAAUGCCCUUUUGUGAUGGAGGGUGGUGCGCCUGGGGGUGGUUACGGUGGGGUUGUUGAUCUGCCAAGGUGGGUCCAGUCGGUGGUGAGGGAGGAAUGGACGGCGGAGGUUUUCGAUCUGGAAUUGAUGAGGUACAAGGAUAUUGAGGAGGAGAUGGUUGGGUUACUCCAGAUCGCCAUGGCAUGCACGUCUCCCUCACCGGAUCAACGGCCCAAGAUAGGUUACGUUGUGAAGAUGAUUGAGGAGAUCAGAGGAGUAGAGAUGACACCGUCGCACGAGUCUGACUCGGUUUCUGACUCGCCUAACGUGUCAGAUGACACAGGAGGGGUGAGUCACUGAUCAUCGAUGAGAGAGUAUGGGAUUAGGGAUGAUGAUAUUGUAUAUAGUUAUCUCCCACUUCCCAAAUAAUCGAUAAUUUUUGCUUGCUAUUCUU